CGGAAGUCCGGCCUUGGAGGAGGGGGAAGAUGGCGGCGGCUAAGCGGAGUGUCUUGUCGUCGUUGGCGGUUUACGCUGAGGAUUCGGACCCGGAGUCGGACAGCGAGGCUGGGACGGCGGGAAGCGAUGGGGGAGCGGUGACGGGAGAGAAAGGAGGGCUGGUCUCAGUUGGGUACGGAGAUGAUGACUUCACCCGCCUGGAUGGUGAUGAGGACGGAUAUGAAGAAGAGGAUGAUGAGAACAGCAGGCAGUCAGAAGAUGACGAUUCAGAGACUGAAAAACCUGAGGCUGGUGACCUAAAGGAACUCUCAGAACUGGAGAAAAGAGAUCCUCAGGAGCUAGUUGCUUCUUUUUCAGAGAGGGUGCGGAACAUGUCUCCAGAUGAGAUCAAAAUCCCUCCUGAGCCUCCUGGCAGGUGUUCUAACCACUUGCAGGAUAAAAUCCAAAAGCUAUAUGAGAGGAAAAUAAAAGAGGGCAUGGAUAUGAACUACAUAAUUCAAAGGAAAAAGGAGUUCCGUAACCCCAGCAUCUAUGAAAAGCUGAUCCAGUUUUGUUCAAUUGAUGAACUUGGUACAAAUUAUCCAAAGGUGAGGUGCCAUACUUUUGACUGGCAAGGAAAUGGUUAUAAGGACAUGUUUGAUCCUCAUGGCUGGUCAGAGGAUUCCUAUUAUGAGGCAUUAGCUAAAGCCCAGAAGAUUGAAAUGGACAAAUUGGAGAAGGCCAAGAAAGAACGCACAAAGAUUGAAUUUGUGACUGGCACUAAAAAGGGUACAACAACAAGCGCCGCUUCUACAACCACCACAACAGCCAGUACCACUGUGGGAGAUGCCCAGAAGAGGAAGAGCAAGUGGGACUCGGCCAUCCCUGUAACAACAAUAGCUCAGCCCACCAUUCUCACCACUACUGCAACACUGCCAGGUGUCGUCACUGUGACAACCAGCGCGAGUGGAUCCAAAACUACAGUGAUAUCAGCUGUUGGAACCAUUGUGAAAAAGGCAAAGCAAUGACUGGUGUGCUGGGCCUCAAUUUUUGGACUUGUUAUUGCAUUUGUUCUUGGAGGGGAGGGGUAGCUUUUGCCUUUGGGAAAAGUUGACAAGAUUCUUUGCAGCAGACCACAGUUCCCUUUGGAAGGAAUGGGGGCAGGAGCAGGCAUGCCAGCUGUGUGCCCACAGGAAUGGACUGCUGUCGAAAAUGCUUCUGCCUUUCUUGCUGAGAGAAGAACUAAUCUGUGUGUGUUGUGCUGGAUGAAGCUGGUAUCUGGAGUCAGCCUUUUAAACUGCUGUGCUAGGGCCUUGCCCUACUUGUACGGCUGG